AUGGACCUUACGCAAGACUCCUUGCCAGCCAACAACCACAACGGAGAGGAGGAGGAGGAGGGAGAGGAAGAGGAAGAGGACGACAUGGACGACGAGCCGCAGGCUAGCAUCCCGCCCGAGCUUCUGACGAGACUGCUACAUGAAUUUUUCGAGAAGGACGGCACGAGGAUCAGCAAGGGCGCCAACGAAGCCGUUGCCAAGUACAUGGAUAUCUUUGUGCGAGAGGCCAUUGCGCGUGCUGCGGUGGAGAAAGAGGGUGGCUUCCUGGAGGUCGACGAUCUGGAGAAGAUCGCGCCGCAGUUGCUGCUGGAUCUGUGA